ACCAAGAUCGCACGAAUCUAGGUCUUCCACCUCGCGCAAACUCAACAGGAUGAUUCGCCAUGCCUCCUCCGAGGAGUUCAACUCACCAGGCUUCUUCCGUCACGGGCUUGGAGUCCUCUUCACGGCGACAAGAGAAGGAGCUUGUGUCCCAUGGCAUGGCAUGUAUCCCACGGCCAUGGCCAAGGCCUCUGAGGUUCGCGUGACCUUUUAGGCCUCGCCCAUGGCUAUGGUGUUCAUGGUCUUAUUUGUCUAUCAGAUCUAGUAUCUAUCUAAAUCACCGAAGUCUGGAUCCUUCAUGUAUGUUGCGUUGACGGCCAUGCCCAGGUCCUUCUAAAACGAAUUUGCGACACCACUCGGCAUCAGGCGGAACAGAUCUCGUAAACCUUGUACCGUAAUUUUUUUUCUUCCCACUCUUAAUUUUUUCUCAGCACGGACGCAUGGACGAAUUCCAACUCCGGCUUCUUUUUUGGGCCUGUAAUUUUUUUACUGGAUCUGCUAUUUUAUGGGAUUUAUUUGGUGCGUUUUUUAAUUUAUAUUAUAAAUUUGAAGGUUCGACGGUUUUUAUGGUAUUUGCAAGAGCUGCUCUUAAAGGACGGAUCUCUUCUUGGACACGAACCGCACUCUAACCCGAGGCUAGGCGAGGCGAUUCUUCGUACAAGCCUUUCUUUUGUUUAUAUUUUUGCCAUAGCCCAUAUGUUUUUUCUUUUCGGAAUAGAUAAAUCCCGAACGUUCGAUUUUUAAGCAUGCUAUAAUCCGAACUAAAGUUGCCACUUCGCAGCAACUAAAGUUGUCAUCAAAAAACGUUCGGAUGACAUGCUUAAAUUACGAACGUUCAAGACUUAUUGAGGUCUUUUUUUUUAGUGGAGACCCAUAUGGUUUUUUUUCUCUCAAAGAAAAAUGGUCUUCUUUUACCUUCCAAAAUUUUCUAUUGACGGCUAAAUAUUUCCCAUUUUCUCAGACGGGAUGAGCAUUUUUUUUCUUCACGAUCUACCAUGCAUUUCUAUGAACUGUUUUUUUUAUUUGAACAAUUUCGAAAAUGCUGCCGACGAACACCAGCUUACAUUUACCGGGCCGUCUGGAUCGAUUGGAGGACUGGGCCGCCGAAUGAUGGUGAAUCGAUGGGUUGGUUGGUCGGACUGUCCCAGUGAUCCUGGACCGGGCCCUUUGAGUUUUGGGAGGCCCCGAUCGAUCCACGACGCAGCAUAUAAAAAGCGCCGGCGCCUGGAACCCUAACCCCUUUCCCCUUUCCCCCUUCCCCCCUUGUUCCUCCUCGAUCCGUCAGGCGGCGGCGGCGCGCGCGAGACCGGCGGCGAGCUACCGCGACUCUACGCAGAGAAAGCUGUGGGAUGGCCACCAUGGCUCUUCGUGCUGCUGCGACCGGUUUCCUCCGGCCGGCCGCUGUUCCGAUGUGCGAGGGCUACACAUGCCUUGUCCCUAUGCUUUCAGCCGGAUCUGCUGAUGACAUCUACAACACCUUCCGUUUCGGGGCGUGCAGCGCAACCCAAGAGCUGGAAGACCCCCCCUGCCCUUUCAACUUCGGGGAGACGCUCCGUGAAGCUGGCACGAAGCUGAGCGAAUCUGCAUUUAUUCCUGUUGACCAUCUGCCUAAGCUGCGCCCAGAGGAUAUUUAUCAUAUCCUGGGCGGUGGUGCUGUCGUCGCGGGCUUGGUGAUGAUGUCCGAGGGAGAGAAAAAUGAUGAUAAAGAUGGGCAAACAUCUGAGAUCAUACACGAUCUAAAGGAGAAGCUGAGUGAAGUUACCGAGAGAGCGGAGAACCUCGCUGCUGAGAAUAAGAGGCUCCUUGAAGAUGUGGACAAGGUCAGGGAAGCUAACAAGCAACAUGGAUAUGAGGUCUGGAUGGAUACCAUUCGAUCCAUUCAUGAAAAGGAACUUGCUAGGCUUGAGGCUGGCAGUGACAAGGAGGGUGAUGGGAGUGGCAAUGACAACAAGGGCAAUAAGAGUGGCAAGAAGGACAAUGAGUGUGACAAGAAGGGCAAUGAGAGUGACAAGAAGGGUGGUAAGAGUGAUAAGAAGGAUGAAAAGCCGCUCGCAAAGAAGCUGUUAGAACUGUUGAUGGCACCAUCCACCGUGGAAACUUGGUACAAGGAUAUCACCUCCAACUGGGCCAAGUGGAGUUACUUAUUUGGCAUGGUCCCAGUUUUCUAUGCUCUCAAAAUGGCAGAUUAUGCAAAGAUUUUGAAGGGCGAUCUUAGCGGUAUAGAUCCUCGGGUUGAGGUGGUGGAGAGCAGGGCUUGCCCAUGUGGCAUUCCCUGGCCGCAGAGAUGCUCUAGAUGUGGCGGAGGACUCCCAAACUUCGUUGGCGAUUCGGGACUCGUCAGUUUCCCUGGUAUUCCAGGCGUCAAGGGCGAAACCUUCACAGCCACCACUCCCACUCCAGUCCCAAGGGCGACAUCUCCUCGGCCACCGCAGCCGUGAAGUGAAUAUGUUGCUAGCGUGAGUGACAGUGCCUCUGCGUAGGCCUGAACUGUUUUCUGUUCAAUGAAUAUUGUGCAACUGGUUUAGCUGCGUUUUGAGCUUCUCUGAUCUGGGAUGUAGAACCAGUUUGUACUUAAGCUGUCUUCUGCAUGAUACUAUUGAAGGUACGAAACUUAGAUGGAUACGCCAACUUGUUCUGUUA